AUGUCAGGAGAUCACCUGCUGCUCCGGGAACUCAGGAACUUUGAUUUAUUACCUCCUCUGAGUACGGUUGACCCAAAGCUGUUUCCGAGGUGGUUCAACGACUUUCCAGAAGAGAUAGAGCUAAACAGCAGCCCACCUUGUGUCGAGAACGCCAGUAUUGAUGAACAUGGUGGAGCUCUUAUCAACUCCAUUAAUGAAACAGCCCAGCCUGAUAUUAUAAAUGAACCUGAAUCCACCGAACAAGAAGACAGCGAGUCAAACUCACGGCCGAUGCAAGCGGGAGAAUGGCACAAACAAUUGCGGGAAUGGUUUCGGAAUAAUUCAAAGGGAAAAACUACACCUGGCAGUAGCUCAACCAGUAAAGCCCUAUCUGCACUACUUGGCCAGCUCAAACCAUUGGUCUCUGACGCACUCAAAAAUAAUCCUGUACAACCUACACAAAGGCUAAGCGCAGUCCGGCAACACACCACUGAUUGCUUUGCGGAUGAGUCGGACGAAGUUAAGAAGGAAAUUCGGGAGGAAACUGUACGUCUUAAUGCUGCCAGAAGAUUGGGUGAUGUUGUGGGACAGGAUUCACGAACAAAAGAAGAAGUUUAUCAUGCAAUUCAAGAGCUACCAAUCCUUCUAGGUCAAAUCUUCGAGGACCUCUCAGUAUUGAUGGGUGGAUGGCACUACACCCUUCUCAUGGGCGGAGUCGACCCUUUGUGUGAAGGUGACAUUAUGACGUUAAGCUACCACCACGGUAAAACCGCAGAUGGUCUGAGCUUCAAGGCACGUACGCCGAACUUCCAUGAACAGUACCUAUCACCAUUUGAACGACACCUUGGAUGCAUCUAUGGUGCAUCUUCAAAGUCCACACUGCCAGUGGCUCCCUCAUCCACCCCAACCUCACCUCGUCUUCCACCUGGCCUGAUCUCACUAGAGGACAAGUCAACCUCACCCCGUCUUCCACCUGGCCUGAUCUCACUGGAGGACAAGUCAACUUCACUUCGUCUUCCACCUGGCCUGAUCUCACUGGAGGACAAGUCCUUGGUUGGAAAUGUGCUUGAUCCCUCUCCGGACUUCAACGCACUUGCAGGAACGAAAGAACAUGAUACGCCAAUCACUGCUUGGAGAAAGUUGACAGCAUUUGAUGAAGACCCGCUAACUACAUCCCCCACCUUUAAUCGCACUCAAUGGCCAGGUGUCAGUGUGGCGGAUCCAUCAGUCGAAGCUAUCCCUCCUCUCAUGUUUCAUCCAUUGUCGUCGUUUCACACCACCCUCUUGCCCCAGCCUGCUUCGCUCUUGGCUCAGCAAAUGAAUCAAUUUUCUGCACUUGCAGAGGUCAAUGGACUGUCCAUGGAACCACAUGGCAAUCCAUUGCCAUUCAACCAACCGAUGUUCAAUUUGGGGCCGCACGCACCCUCAGACACCCAUAUUCCAUUGUCCUUGCUAAUGACUAUCACACUGUCACUCCUGUCUACAUCCACACCGCCCGAGUCAAUUCAUUUCAAGUCUACCAAACACCAACCCCCGUCAGCUCCUCAUCAACCAUUGUCCAUUGACCGGGGGUCUUCUGCGGCUUCUCGCCAGCUGUCACCUUGUGACAUCGGGGGAGUCUUGGCUGGUGAAACUCUCCAACCCGGUUUGGAGACGGAGAUGGUGUCUUCAUUACAUGUUGUCUCUGCUGCCUCCAACAGAUGCACCAAGCACCCACCACGCCCUUCUACGCGAGCUGCUGAAGCCAACAAAAUUGGUGUCAAGCAAGGAACAAAGCCUGCACCAAAGAGGAAGCAGACCGAAGUCCAGCGCAGUGGUGAGGGGUUGAAGAAAAAGUCUCACAAGUAG